AUGACAACGACAUUUCUCUCUGGGGCCGCCUUUGGGGUAGCCAUGAUGGCUGCUUCCUUUCAUAAUCCUGCCAUAGUCAUCGCCCAGAUGAAGUUCGAAAACUGGCACAUGGCACAGGCAUUUCUCGCCGCCACCGCAAGCAGCGCAGCCAUGUAUGCCGUUGCAGAGCGUCUCGAAUACGUGAAGCUUAAGCCCAGAAGUUCCUCACCGAUAGGUCUUUUCUCUAAAUAUGACGGCAACAUCAUCGGUGGCAGUCUCCUUGGUGCUGGCAUGGCCUUGUCAGGAUCGUGUCCAGGGACAUUGUAUCCUCAGCUGGCUGCCGGUGCCCAUACAGGCUUCCAUGCCCUGAACGGAGCCAUACUUGGUGGCCUCUUGUGGACUGGGCUUCUUUCCAAGAUGGUCAAGCAGAAUAAAGAGAGAGCAAACACCGCCCCCAUAACAGUGACUGCGAACGACCAACUUGGUCUAAGCAGAGGCGUCACAUUGCUUCUCUUCGAGACUGUCUGUCUCUCGGUUCUUGCGGUAACGACACUCUAUACUCCCAAGUUUCCCGGAGCCAAGAUCCUCGGAACGGCGGGCGGCUUCAUCAUCGGCCUCUCGCAAUUAUUUUCACUUAUUACCAGAAGAUCCAUGAUAGGCAUCUCUACCGCCUAUGAAGAGUUUGGAAACUAUUUCUGGUGGGUAAUCAAAGGCGCAGAGCCCAAUACGAGACCCAUUUCAUACAACAGCAUUCUCUUCGCCAGUGGCGUGACGGCAGGGGCUUGGGGAUUGCUCCAGGCCGUGCCUUCACUUGCGAAUGCUCCUGUGUUUGAGGCACCACCGCUGUUUGCAAUGGCAGGAGGUGCGCUUAUGGCCAUUGGAUCGCGAAUGGCUGGCGGCUGCACAUCUGGACACGGCAUUAGCGGCAUGUCACUGCUCUCGCUGUCCAGCAUGAUUACAAUUGCAUGCACGUUUGCUGCCGGAGCCGUUGUUGCGCCUUUGGUUUAUUGA